AGGGCAUGUGAGGAGACAUCCUUGUAGCUGUUGGCCUUGGAGCAUCUCGGAGCACCUGGGAGUAUAUAAGGCAGUGGACCCCACCACCAGUCCGCCAAACCCGUACACACACACGCACACACACACACACACUCAAGCACAGAGACCAGGAGACAGAGCGAGAGAGCAACGGAGUGUGUGUGCAAGAGAGGAAGGAAAAAGCGGUACAAGAAAGAAGACUUCCAGGCGCUGAGGAGGUCGCGACAGAGAGAGAGAGCUGUCUGCAGAGAGUGAUUGGUGUAACCUGACGGACGACGGAGUGUGGUCCAGUGAGGGCAGAAGAUGCUGCGGCGACCCCAGAUGUCUGUGUGUGGGCUACUGAUAUGUGUGUGCGUGUGUGUGAGCAGCUCUAGGAUUAGUGUGUUGUGUUCUGAAGAACGAGUCUGCAGAGACAUAAUCUCUCAAGAGGUGCUGCAGAACUGUCUGCGUGCGUGUGCUGAGCAGCAGGGCCUAGACUCCGCCUCCCCAGUGGAGCAUCAGGGGUCAGCUCUGGCCCCUCCCCCCACGCGGUGGGAGGAGGAGGAGGAGGAGGAAGAGCGGAGCGUGGCGCUGGGGGUGCUCCUGACCCUCCUGUCCCCCCCUCCUGUCCUCCGUCCAGACGAGGCCCACAGCGCCGAGCGACGCGCCUACUCCAUGGAGCACUUCCGCUGGGGCAAACCCGCCGGCCGCAAGCGUCGCCCCGUCAAGGUGUACACCAGCGCGGGGGUCAGUGGGGGCGUGGGAGAGGGUGCGGACAACAGGAGGGCCCUGGCCACUCAGGAGGAGGAGGAGGAGGAGGAAGAGGAGGAAGAGGAGGAGCAGAAGAGGGAGAUGAGGGAGGGGGAAGCCCCCACCAAACUCACCUACCGCAUGAAACACUUCCGCUGGAGCCACCCGCCCCCCCAGGCGGACAAGCGCUACGGGGGCUUUAUGAAGCCCUGGGCCGCCUCAAGCCAGCUUUCCCACAAGCCCCUGCUCAAGCUGCUGCGCCACGCCAUCGCCAGGGACGGCCACUAGGGGGGACAGUGUGUGUGUGUGUGUCUGUGAGUGUGUGUCUGUGUGUGUGGUGUAUUUGUAUAUGUGUGUGUGUGUGUCUGUGAGUGUGGUGUAUUUGUAUGUGUGUGUGUGUGUGUGUGUCUGUG